AAAAAAAGGAAAAAAAGACCUGCUGGAAAUUUCCCCUGUGAAUAUCCUGGCUGCGAAAAAACCUUUACAAGAUCUGAACAUCGCUCAAGACAUAUGCUCAACCACAAUCCUCCUGUCAUUUACACCUGCCAUUGGCAAAACUGUUCAAAAACUUUUGUUAGAAAUGAUCUCAAAGUUAGACACCUCAAAAGACACAAGGAAAGAUUGAAAAAGGAAGAAAACCAGAAAAAUCUAGAAAUUGAAAGCAUGAAAAAUAAAGAUUCCCUAUACAAAGGAAUGGGCACAAUUAAUUUGAAUCUAAACUCCACGACAAACAGCUUGGGUAAUAUUCACAACACCCAUAACACUCACAAUACCCACACUAAUAACCAGAACAAUAUCAACAAUCUUCUGAAAAUUGAUAACGACAUCAAUUUUGAUAUAUUUGAUAAUAUAAAUUCAUUUCCCUUUGAAUUUUCGCCUGGAACGAUGACUGAAUUAUUUGCAUUCUCGCCAAUUUUUCCUUCUCCUUCAUCUCAAACGUUGAUAAAUCAAGAUUUGAGGAACAAGUUUCUUAAGUUAAUCCCACCAUUAGAAGAAAAUCCUGAUUUUACAAUUGAAAAUUUGGAAAAAUGCUUGGUUUCUUAUUGGUCUCUUUUUCAUAUAUAUCUUCCAAUCUUGCAUAAACCUUCUUUCAAUACAUUAGAUUCUUCGCCUCUAUUGGUGCUUUCCAUGAUAAUGGUUGGGGCUGGAUAUAUGAGAGGAGUUGAAGCUGAGUGUGCAAACUCUAGUCUAAACAGUUCAAUGACUCCAGGUUCAAUUCAUGGUGGUCAAACAACAUUUGUUAAUGCCAAAGUCUUAGCGGAUCUUAUAUGUGUGCCGUUGAGAGGUUUAAUUUUCAGCCAUGAGGAUUUCAGUCCCCCAGCAGAAUUGUGGGUUUUCCAAAGUUUGAUUCUUUUAGAGAUCUAUGAAAAAUUUAUGACUUCAAGAAAAUUGCAUGAAAGAAGCUAUAUUCAUCAUGGAACUUUGAUUCAGUUGCUUAGAAGAACGAGAACACUUGGUGGUGAUCCUCAGAAAUACGAGUUGUCUAGCAGCACAGCAAGUGAAGCUGAGGAUGAAGAAGAUGAUGAUGACAGAAAAAGAUUAAAAGCCAACGAAUUAUGGAAAAAGUGGAUUGAAUAUGAGUCUAUGAACAGAGCGGCCUUUAUGGCAUUUUAUAUGGAUAUAAGUCAUGGUAUUAUAUUUGGGCACCAACCAAUUUUAUCGGUUCACCAAAUAAGAAUUUGCAUGCCUUGCAGUGAUGAAGUAUGGGAAUCAUCUUCUCAUGAAAUCAACAAUAAUCUUAAUCUUAAUACAGAUAAUGAUUUUGGUUACAAUCCAGAAUUUUUGAACACCCAACUACCCCCGAAAUUUAAAAAUGCUUCUUUCUUCAUGGAACUAGGAUCUAUCAUCAAGUCUAAGGAGAUUAAAUCCAAAUCUUCAUUUGGCAUGAAGGUUUUAAUGACCGGAUUAUUAGCCAUAUUAUCUCAAUUGCAGCAUGAUCAUUUACAGUUUUCUUUAUAUAAGGAUUCAACUGUUGAAAUAUGGAAAGAAAAUUUGUUAAAAGUUUUGGAUCAUUUUAUACACGAUUACGUUAAUGGUUGCUGCAACUCAAACACAUCUACAAAUAUAACAAUUGGCACAAGUGGAAGCUCGUUUGAGCCAAUAAUACCGAAGUAUUAUUUAUCAAAUGACACUAGAUGUAAGGUUCCAUCAUAUCAUUUGGCUCAUAUCACCAUGACGACAAAUCAUUACGAUUUGGUUAUCUAUGCUGGAGCACCAUCAAGAAUGAAUGUUAAAUCUAAAUCAAUCAAUUAUGACACAGUUAAGAAAAGAAUCGAAAUAUGGUGCAAAAACAUAAAAAGUAAACUAUCAGUCUUACAUGCAUACUUGUAUCUCUUUGAAAUGUUAUUGAAACCACAAGAUGUUUUUAAUGAGGGUGAUUAUAGCUACAAGCCAUUGGAAGAUCCGAUUUUGCAAAGAGUCAAUGCCAUGGCUAUUUGUAUAUUAACUAUAUGGGCAUAUAAUUUUACAACAGAAGGAAUCGAAAAUAAGCUAUAUGAUGAAGAAGAUAAUUUAAUCGUUAAUAGUAAUAAUAUUAAUGGAAUCGAAGGGCUUGAGGAUGGAUAUGAAUACCUUCGAAGAAUUCGAAACAGUCUAAGUAAUGAAUGUGGUUAUUCGUUGCACUGUACAAAACCACUUGAUUCCAAACAUUUUAUUCAUAUCAGCAAGGCUCAAGCAUUGUGUCUAGAUUCAGUAAAAGAUAAGAAAAAUAUGGUUGGGUUGUUAAAUUUAAUUUCAAAUGGGUUUUCACAAUCAAAUUGGGAAUUAUCUAAAGAGUUUUCCAAAUUAUUAAAAAAUUGUGCUGAACGAAGUUUAGGCCGACAUAGAGUGAAGUGUGAUUUUAUGUAUAAU